GAACUAGGACCUGCUGGCAAAUGUGUCUCAGGACAAGCGGUGCUGCAGAAGCCCUCUGAGCUCAGGCUCCGUACCAUCCGCAAUGCCUGCCUUCGCCAGUCUUUAAUGCCACAGCCACCUGUUCUUGGCCAUCUUAUUUCCAAACUCAUCCUUUCUGAACCUGAUCAAGCCAGGAUGGUUACCGGGGACUGGAAAUGUGGAGCCCAGCUAUGAGAAGGCGUGAAGAACAACAGGAUUGGUCAGGGUUGGGGAUUGUGAAGUGAGGUUGUAUCUCAGGGGUGGGCCCCGGUGUCUGGCGUGGUGGGGCAGAAACAGGUGAAGGGAGGGCAGAAUGUAAGACAGCUCUAGAGAAAGCAGGCAGGUGAGCCUUCCCUGAGGGUUUUGGCUACGGAGGUGCUUUUCCUCUGACUCCUUGAGUCAGACAGCAAGUGUCUUAAUGUCACUGUCAGUCUUCCAGAAAGCCCCACCCACUGAGCCCAUUCAAGGCAGGACUGAAAAUGUGUCACACCUUUCCCAGAGAGCCCAGCCCCAUUGCCAGGAAAGAGCCUGACUGCUCCCCAGCUGAUCUCAGAAACACCCCAGACCUCCAGCAGCUCCAGGAGUCCAAACACCAGCAGCGGACCAAGGCCCUACAGCUGCCUGCAGCCAUGUUGGCCCUCAGCCUGUUCACGCUGGGUCUGCUCUCUGCAGUGGCCCCUGCCAGCUGUCAACAAGGUCUGGGGAAACUUCAGCCCUGGAUGCAGGGCCUUAUUGCUGUGGCUGUGUUCCUGGUCCUGGUUGCAGUUGCCUUCGCUAUCAACCACUUCUGGUGCCAGGAAGAGCCGGAGCCUGGUAGCACGGUCAUGAUUGUUGGAAGCAAGGCAGACGGGGUCCUGGUGGGAAUGGACGGCAGAUACUCCUCAAUGGCGGCUGGUUUUAGGUCCAGUGAGCACAAGAAUGCCUUCGAGAACAUUCUGGAGGAAGAGGGCAGGGUUCGCAGCACACCCAUGUGACAAGCUCAUCCAUGACCCCAGUCCCCAGGCUAUGGGGCACAUAGAGUCGAUGCCACCACUUCACCCCACCAUUGCUCUGCAGGAAUCUAUUGAAGCAAGCUGCCCCUCUCGGCUCUCUUGAGUCACAGCCAAGUUGAGCUCAAGAUGUACUGUGGCCCUGGGGUCUUCCACCCAAUUCUGAGGAGCCCCCACCUUUCAUCUCCCUCCUCCUGCAACUAUGGAAGUGGCCCUUAUUUCUACGAAAUAAAGACUUUUUAUACUUCUGGG